AUGAAGUACACCACCUUUGCCGCCAUCCUGGGUCUCAUCCCCUCUGCUCUGGCCCAUGGCUAUCACUCCCGCCGCAGCGGCGCUCUUGAAGAGCGAGCAGACACAUCUACCAAGGACGUCGCCCGUCCCAAGAUUGGCAGCGUCCCCUAUGGUCAGAUCAUCGAGAGGUGCACGCAGCCUGGCGUUGUCGCCAUCACCUUCGAUGACGGCCCAAGCGAAUUCACCAACAGCCUGUUGGACCUGCUGAGCCGCGAGGGAGCCAAGGCUACCUUCUUCAUCACGGCCAACAACAUCGUCCCUGUCGAGACCGACCAGGGCAGGACCAUCGUCAACCGUGCCCACCGUGAGGGACACCAGAUUGCUCACCACUCGUGGAGGCACCAGGACUUCUCGGUCAUCUCGCGCGACGAGCGCACCAACGAGGUCCUCCUCCCCGAGUCAGCCUUUGCCAGCGCCCUGGGCUUCUUCCCUACCUACAUCCGUCCUCCCUACGGAUCUUGCAACGCCGACUGCCAGUCUCAGCUCGGUGAUCUGGGCUACCACAUCAUCAACUGGAGCAUUGACAGUGAUGACUGGAGGAACGUUCCCAACAACAUUGCCGCAUCCGAGGCCGUCAUCACCCAGCAGUUGACCAACUCGGGCAACGGCCACAUCAUCCUGGCGCACGACAUCCACCAGGCUACGGUCGAGAGCCUUGCCGGCCACAUGAUCCGCACCGCCAAGGAACGGGGCCUGAAAAUGGUCACCGUCGGCGAGUGCCUGGGCGACCCUGCCGCCAACUGGUACCGCGCCUUCACUCCCCCCAGCAACCCGGGCACCACUCCCCCGAGCGGAGGGUUGAAGCCCACGACCGACGGCACCUGUGGCGGCACUACCGGCUUCACAUGCCAAGGAUCCUCGUCCGGAAACUGCUGCAGUGGCUCUUCCACGGACCAUUGCGACGCCGGGUGCCAGUCAGGCUUUGGAACCUGUGGCUCCACCCAGCAACCCCCGAGCGGCGGCCUGACCGUUUCCCCCGAUGGCACAUGCGGUGGUAGCACCGGCUACACCUGUCAAGGAUCCUCUUCCGGCAACUGCUGCUCCCAAUGGGGAUGGUGUGGAACUUCCACCGACCAUUGCGCCGCUGGAUGCCAGUCGGCAUUCGGCACCUGCUCCUAA